AUGCCUGGAUAUUGCCCCCAGCCCGACGUCCGAACACCACCGCUUUCCAUCGAGACUACGAACGGCUUCUUCAAACCACGACUCAGAGGUUUGAGGCUCUACAGCCCGGCCGAGAAUGUAACGAUGGACUUCUACUCACGAGCAACAAACGAUGGACCCGUACAUGCUUUUGUUAACCCUUUCGUCGAAUUGAACGCUGGUUUGUGGAGUUUAUUUGCUGGUGCGACCGUUUUCCUCGCACUGCGCCUUUGGUGUAAGAUCACAAGACGACACGGACUGUGGUACGACGAUUACAUUCUUGUGAUAUCUUGGACCCUUUUGCUGGCCAACAACAUUUUGAUUGUUUACGAAUUCGCGACCGGCUAUGUACUCAAGGACUCCUCAGAACAAUGGGAUGACCGCAUGCACAUCCUCAUCAACAUCUCAUCUUGCGGCACUCUCAUCGGACAAGCAUGGACCAAGUCAGCUUUCGGCGUCACACUCAUCCGAAUGAGCAACCAAUGGCAGCGAUGGAUUCUCUAUUUCUGUAUCGUCACGAUGAACGUGUACAUGAUCGCCAAGGUUGUCGUUCAGUGGGGAAAAGUUUGCGGUAGCAAGAGUUACGACGGCGACUACCGACUGAAUUUCUGCCUCGAAAAGAAAUUCCGCGACGACUUCAAGGAGGGCGGAAACGUUUACAACAUCAUCAUGGACUUCGUCUUUGCGUGCUUCCCCUGGUUGAUCACCCGAUCGCUGGAAAUGAGACGCGCUGAGAAGGUUGGCCUAUGUAUCACGAUGAGUUUAGGAAUGAUUGUCGCCAUUGUUGCCGCCAUCAGAGUAAGCUGGAAAGAUGAGGGUAACGGUCGUGAUCAGUGGUAUAUCUGGCGCAAUGGCCUGUCCCAAGUCUGGUACUCGUCGGAAAUUACCGGCACCAUCAUCGUUCAGUGCAUCCCCAUUCUGCGCCCAAUCCUCAGGGAAAUCCACACGUCCCUAACCUCCAAGAGACUGGAGUCUACCGCCGGAGGCCAGAGCACAACCUUUGGAAGCAAGCUCAGCAGUGGCAAGCGGAUAUCGACGGGCGUGAUGCAAAACGACAAGCAAGGAAACGAGCGGAUCGCGCUCCGCGAGAUCCCCGAGGAGCCCGCCGACGACUCACCGUACUGGAAGCAGGAUCCCGCCCGCUCGUCCGACUCGACGACAUCGCCGUCCGAGACCGACUUUAAGCCGCGCCCGCCCACCGCACCGCUGCCCGACAUGUGGCCGCUAUCAGGAAACGAGAGUGCAGAUCUCAACGGAUCUCACUCCGGCAAGAGCUUGGAUUUCGAGCACGACCCUCACAACAUCUCCCAUUUAGAUGUCGAGCAAGGGCAUGUUCAGCAAGGGUUAUCGCCGCCACCGCCUCGCAGGUUUCCUUAG